AUGCCGGAUACGACGGCGCAAGACCACGGCCUCCUCGCCCCACCGACCGCAGCGGGCACUCCAUAUCCCUCCCCUCGCCCAGCCUCCGCACCUCUACCACCAGACGUCGAGCGCCUGCAUGAAGUCUGGGCCGACCUGCGGUCCCUCCUCGAUUCUGAACCUCCAAACACCGCUAUUGAGUUCGCCAAGCGUGCCCAGAAGCUCUGGAGUAUUGUUGUGCAGGGCCUAGAGACUGUGCAACGUAGUGACCCAGACGAUGAAGAGCUGAAAGCCGUUCUGAGGGAGAGCAAAGGCCGUCAGCGGGUCGUCAAGAGCGCAGCGCUGGCUGCCACCUCAGCCGACAUAGAGGAGAAGCUUAAGGCGUUCGCUGAGAGUGCAGAGAAGAUCAGAGAGCUGGUGGACCCAAAGGUGCUCGAGCGUGCCUUGGACCUCACAUUUUCCGGCAAACGUCGAUAUCAACCGACGUAUGCAGACAGCGCGCCGAGCGCCGCACGCAGCCCGUACGCCUUCUGCACCAAUACCUGGAAGCAGACAGCAUACACGCUGGAGGACGAGGGUGAGGCGCUCAAGCUCGCCCGCCAGUUGGCUGGAUUCGGUAUUGAUCUGAUCGAAGGUGCGGUCGUUAAGGUAGGUCAUCAGACCGUUGCCGCUGUUCAUGGCGGCGGUGAGCUGGGUUUGGUUGCCGAGGUAGACGACGCUGGAGGAAGUCGACCCAGAGAUGCGGGGAUGACUGGACUCGCGGCUAGAUCUUCUCGACAUGUCGCUGGCGGAAAAGGGAAUCUUGAGGUGCUGUUGGUGGUGAGAGCAAUGUCGGAGGAAAACAACAGGUUUUGA